AAAUUAUCGCAGGAAGCGGAACAAGCUAAUCAAAUUGUUCUAACAAAUUAUUAUUCGUGCUUAUUUUUAGAAUAUGCUACGAGUGCCCCCCAUAAGUAUAUCAAGUUUAAGGCCAUGUGGUUUUUUGUUAAUACUCAGCUCACUCAUUAUAAAUGAUUGCAAUGCCCAUGGAAGGCUUAUAGAGCCUCCAAGCAGGGCGUCUGCUUGGAGAUAUGGAUUUCAAACUCCACCAGAUUACAAUGAUCAUGAGCUGUAUUGUGGCGGUUUUACGCGCCAGUGGAAACACAAUGGUGGAAAAUGCGGAGAGUGUGGAGAUGCUUGGGACUUGUCAGAGCCAAGACCACAUGAGAACGGAGGCCAAUGGGGACAGGGGGUGAUUGUUCGUAGGUACUUACCCGGAUCCGAGAUGUCUAUUAGAGUUGAAUUGACGGCCAGCCAUAUGGGAUACUUUGAGUUUAGAUUGUGUCCUGAACCUAAUGCUAAGCAGACGUGCUUAGACAAAAAUAUUCUGCAUAUUAUUACGGGUUUUCCAUCACAGCCAAGUCCGACGGAUGCCGAUUUUCGGUUUUAUCCUCGAAAUGGUAGCCUGAUAUACACUAUCAAAGUUCGUUUGCCUGAAAUAACGUGCAAUCAAUGCGUACUACAGUGGCGGUAUGUGGCAGGAAACAAUUGGGGAACAUGUGAUGAUGGUACUGGAGCGGUCGGCUGUGGGCCACAGGAGGAGUUUCGCGCUUGUGCGGAUAUUGCGAUUUCAACGGAGAUUCAUACAAAUAUGCGUCCUGUUAGACCAACGUAUUAUACAACCGCUACACCAUCUGUACACAUGAACAAUACAAGCAUAGAGCGGACACAAAAUGAAUCGUUUAACUUUACGAUACUGACUGGAGUCAUAAUUGUAUUGACCAUUUUAAUCCUGAGUAUAUGGUACCUAUACCGAUGCCAUCUGUCUAAUAUUAAAGAGUGGACAAAUUCGUUCUCAAGUCGAUUCUGCAAGAAGACAAGGAAAGGUAACACUCUAGUAACUUUAACGCCACCCAAAGUUAUGCCUCUAUGUAUACCAGUAAGUUCACUGGAAAAUACUGCCAGAAACCAGACGCCUCACCAACCACCGCCUGUUCCACCACCAAGAUGUAAACGUCAGUCGCGAAUCAAUAACAUGUUAGUCCAUGAAUCCAGUAUUGCUUAGUGAAAAACUCGCUUUGCUCUGUGCUCUAUAAUGAGAUUGAAAUUUUAAGACUUAAUCGAUGAAAUGCAGUACUGCCUUAUUAAUAUUUAUUUCUGUUUCUUGUAGCAUAAUUUUUUAAGUAUUUCUAUGCAUUUUUCUCAUAUUAUACAUACAAGUAUAUUUAAAAAUUGCUAGAUCCAUAC